AUGCUGGCAUCUGUAGUGGAGCCUUUGUUUCUGGCUCCCUAUUUACAUUACUACAUCGAAGCAGCUCUCGUAGCUACUAUUGUUUAUUUAUAUGUGAAUAGAAGGCAACGUAAAUCUCACCAUCACUCAACACUAACAGAGAAGCAAAAAGAUCAACUAAUAGCGGAAUGGAAGCCAGAACCUUUGGUGCCCGACACGCCACAAGAUCACCCGGUCCUCAAUCCCAAGUUCGCUGACGGAAAAAUGUCUAAAUACGUGCGCAUCGAUGGAAAAGAGUAUCUAAACAUGGCAACUUCUAACUUUCUCGGUUUUGUAGGUGAAAAAAGGAUUGAGGUGUGCUUUUCUGUUUUCUUUUUCAGCAUAUGCUUUCCCACAUCUACGUUUGGUUCAUAUUUUUUUAUAUUUUCACGUAUUUGA